AUGGCCUUGGAGAAGUGCUAAGAUUUAAAAUCUUUGAAUCUAAAUUUAAGUUCAAAUAACCUUGAUGCAGAUGGAGCUAAGUACAUUGGAAUGAGCUUGGAGAAAUGCAAAAAUAUAUCAUCUUUGAUUCUCAAUCUCAGUUCAAAUAACCUUGGUGCAGAUGGAGCUAAUAAUAUUGUAAAGAGCUUGGAGUAGUGCAAAAAGAUAACAUCUUUGAGUCUUGAUCUCAGUUCGAAUAGCUUUGAUGUAGAUGGAGCUUAAAACAUUGGAAUAAGCUUGGAGAAGUGCCAAAAAAUAGCAUAUUUGAAUCUCAAACUGGG